AUGGUUCCUAUAUCUAUUAGUGAACAAACAUUCUUGUUUGAUGCCAAGGAACUUCUUUCAGAAAAUGUAGCAAAAGCGGCCAAAAUAAACAAGAAAACAACAAAACUCACGAUCAAACGUAAAGCAUUUCCGCUUAUACCCGCAUACAGCAUGACAACACAUAAAAGCCAAGGACAAACACUCGGUAAGAUUAUCGUCGAUCUGGUCAUGCCUCCUGGCCCACUUGAAGUUGCAUCGGUUUAUGUUCCAUUAUCUCGUGUAAAGAGACUUGAUGAUUUACUUUUCAUACGUCCAUUUGAAUUUGCAACACUGCAAGUUAAACCAUCAACGCCCCAAAUAGCAGAACUUAAACGAUUAGAUAAAAUAGCACAAAAUACUCGGAAACGCUUUCAAUUCAUUGUUUAA